AGGGGGCGGCCGUCACUGUGAACAUCUGGAGAAGGUUACUGGUUCUUCUGCUUGGACUGAAGAGCAUCCAGGACCCGAACUGCAACUUCAAAAUGUCUUUUAUAAAAGUUGACGAAAAGUCUGACUUUUCAUUUCACAAUCUACCUUACGGCGUGUUUUCGACGCCAGAUAAUCCAAAGCACAGGAUCGGUGUUGCAAUCGGCGACCAGAUCCUGGACCUCAGCGUGAUCAAGUUUCUCUUCGACGGUUCGGUUCUUUCCAAGCACCAGGAUGCGUUUGACCAGGCGACGCUUAACGUGUUCAUGGGGCUGGGACAUGAGGCCUGGACUGAGGCGCGCAGCACCCUCCAGCGGCUGCUCUCUGCAAACGAGAGCACGCUGCGCGACGACGUCAGCCUGCGAAGCAGAGCCUUUGUCCACCAGAGUUUGGCAGUGAUGCACCUCCCAGCAGAAAUUGGGGACUAUACUGACUUCUACUCAUCCCGGGAUCAUGCCACCAACGUCGGCAUCAUGUUCCGGGGCAAAGAGAACGCCCUCAUGCCUAACUGGCUCAGGCUGCCUGUUGGGUACCACGGCAGAGCCUCGUCGGUGGUUGUCUCUGGGACGCCCAUUCGGAGACCCAUGGGUCAGAUGAGGCCCGAUGCAACUCAGCCUCCCGUGUUUGGGCCAUGCAGGCAGCUGGACCUCGAGCUGGAAAUGGCCUUCUUCGUGGGACCAGGCAACAAGCUGGGCGAGUCGAUCCCCAUGGAGAAAGCGCACCAGCAUAUCUUUGGGAUGGUGCUGAUGAACGACUGGAGCGCACGAGAUAUCCAGGCCUGGGAGUAUGUGCCCCUCGGACCAUUCUUGGGCAAGAAUUUUGGGACGACCAUCUCCCCAUGGGUGGUGCCGAUGGAAGCUCUGCUUCCCUUUGCUCAGCCCAAUGAAGCACAGGACCCUGAGCCGCUGCCAUAUCUGCGCCACGACGACCCCUACACCUUUGACAUCAACCUCUUUGUCUCAAUAAAAGGCGACACGAUGAGGGAGGAGACCACCAUAUGCAGGUCCAACUUCAAGUACAUGUAUUGGACCAUGAAGCAGCAGCUGACCCACCACACCGUCAACGGCUGCAACGUCAGGCCCGGAGACCUGCUGGCUUCCGGAACCAUCAGCGGCCCGGAUGCGCAGAGCUACGGCUCCAUGCUCGAGCUGUCCUGGAGGGGCUCCAAGACCAUCGAGCUGGGCGGCGGCGAGACCCGCACCUUCCUGAAGGACGGCGACGAGGUGUCUCUCACAGGUUAUUGUCAAGGCAGUGGGUACCGUGUGGGUUUUGGGUCCUGCAAGGGGGUCGUCCUGCCUGCACUGCAACCCUGAGGCACCGCCAAUGGCCCACGGGGUGGAGGAGCCCGACCUGGAAGAGGGCGGCGGAGGAAGUGCAGCGUCGACGUUUGCAUCAGGGCACCUCCUGUAGACGUCUAAGGCUCUUUAAUUAAAAUCACGGUGGGCCGAGCCUCCA